CAUAAACAAAAGCCGAAAAAUUAAUCUCCGUCGUUUUAAUCCUCUAAAAAAGUGUAACUUUCUCCGGUCUAUCACGGUUUUGCUAAAGGUAUGAAACCGGAUGCUGGAGACCACGUCCGAGAAUAUUUAGCUUUCAAAAAGUCCAAGUACACAAUAAGAAUGCGUAAGUCGGCAGAAGCAACGGGCGACAGCAAUUUUGGCUGUAAACAUGAGAAAACCCCUAUUUGUGGAUUAGUCGUCGAUUGCCCAACACAUGACGAAUGCGUUAGUACACAAUCUGCACGGAUGAUGCUCAACAGUAAUCCGGAAGGUAACUCGCGACCGGAGGGUGGAAAAAAGAGGAAGGAUAAAGAAAACCAAAGGGAAAGCAAUCUGAAUCUGAAUCUGAACGAUUUUACUGUAUGUAAUAGUAUAGGCCAUCAGGAAUUCGACAAAAAGUGGCUACAGGAGUAAAAAUCAGCAGCGAAAAUAACCACACCCGUCAGUCACGGUCGCCGCCUACUUCUCUUAUUCGAUCAAAACAGUUUUUAAGUCGAAAAAUUU